GCCCUUUCUCCCUCCCCAUCAUACACUACUCCCAGCGCAGCUUAGACCCUUCUUCCGCCGUCAUCCUCCGUCUAAAUACCAGCAGAGCGAACUCUCAUCCCAACAUGAGCUUCACCGUGGAAGAGCGAGGAAACCCCAACUCCCUGAACUACCGCCUGUUCUUCAAAAAUGCAGAAGGAAAGUACAUCUCGCCAUUCCACGACAUACCAGUAUAUGCUGACGAGAGUCAGAACAUCUUUCACAUGGUUGUUGAGGUACCAAGAUGGACAAAUGCAAAGAUGGAGAUUGCUACAAAAGACCUGUUGAACCCUAUAAAACAGGAUGUGAAGAACGGCAAGUUGCGGUAUGUUGCCAAUGUUUUCCCUCAUAAAGGCUACAUAUGGAACUAUGGAGCCAUCCCACAGACAUGGGAAGAUCCGGCACACAAAGAUGGAGACACUGGCUGCUGUGGUGACAAUGACCCCAUAGAUGUGUGUGAAAUUGGCAGUAAGGUGUGUUCCCGUGGGGACGUAAUCAGAGUGAAGGUACUUGGGAUCCUGGCUAUGAUCGACGAGGGUGAGACUGACUGGAAGGUUAUUGCAAUCAAUGUAGAGGACCCUGAAGCAAACAACCUGAAGAAUAUCAGUGAUGUCCAGCGCCUGAAACCUGGCUACCUGGAGGCCACAGUUGACUGGUUCAAGAGAUACAAAGUGCCUGAUGGGAAACCACUGAACUGGUUUGCUUUCAACGAGGAGUUCAAGGACAAGGACUUUGCCAUUGAAGUAAUCAAGAGCACUCACAACUUCUGGAAAGCACUCAUUUCUCAGCAAACCAAUGCUGGUAAACUUAACUGCAAAAACACAUGUGUCUCUGCUGGUGACAGCCCUUACUUCUGCUCAGCAGAUGAAGCUACAGCUGCUGUUGGUGAAACAUGUCCAUGUGGAAAGGCUGAAGCUAUCCCCUCAUCAGUUGAUUCAUGGUUCUACUAUGAGAGGAAGUAAACCAGGACUGGUGCAACAUGAAAGCCUCAUCUCUCAGGAAUACUUUAAGAUGGUCUUACAUUGGGACCCAAUGUUCAUAGCAGGCUUUGGCGUAGAUGUGUGGGUCUGAGUCAGUUCUUGACUUUCAGAUAGAGAUAUAGUGAUUAGAUAUCGUAGAGAAGGUUGAAAACAUACCAAUGUCUUGUCCAAUGACUUGUCACUUAUUUAACAAAGAUCUCUCUAGAGAUGUGCUCUCAUAAACCAAGUCCAAGUACUGAGUGUUCUAGAUACGUGUGUUACGUGACACAAUGAAAUGCUUUAAUAAAGAUUCCCUGUUAAAUUAUCAAUAA